GCGACCGGACGCUAAACCACGAUGACCCUGAAUAGGUAAACAAGAUGUGGACGUAUGUCGGAAAUACUUGGGAAUAUUGCAACGAAGGUGUUGUUUAGGGUUAUUGCAUUCUAAAUAUAAUUAAAUAACUUUUCAGCAGUUUCUAACUUAAAAGGGCGUCCCCACUGGACUCAAGUUAUCUGGACAGGUUCACUUAAAGUUUUGUUACUUCAGGAUCAUAUACUGUGUCUGGCAUCUGGUCAACGCUGCUAUUAUUUGGGAGGCUCUUCAUCUUGCAAAUUAGGAAGAACAAAUCCUUGAAAAAGGCUGUCAAUAUUUGUGAGAAAAGAAACAUGCCAAAAUUCAAAGAAGCUGGAAAAGCUGUUCUGAACGCUUUAAAAAUGGGCUCCGUUGGGUCCCUGAUUGCCAAAAGAUAUCUGAUUAAAGAAAGACUUGGCAGAGGAAGCUUUGGAAUGGUUUACCUUGUACUGGAUAAGAAAUGCACAAAAGGAGAAGAGCUAAAAGUCUUAAAGGAGAUAUCGGUUGGGAAUCUGGAGCCAAAUGAGACGGUACAGGCUAAUUUGGAAGCACAGCUGCUCUCGAAGCUUGACCAUCCAGCAAUUGUUAAGUUCUACUCCAGCUUUGUAGAGCAAUUCAGUUUUUGCAUCAUUACAGAAUACUGUGAGGGCAGAGAUCUACAAUGUAAAAUUGAGGAGUAUAAGCAAGCUGGAAAGACGUUCCCUGAAAGCCAGAUCAUUGAAUGGUUUAUACAGUUACUACUGGGAGCACAGUACAUGCAUGAGAGAAGAAUACUUCACAGAGAUUUAAAAAGCAACAACAUCUUCUUGAAAAACAACAUUGUAAAAAUAGGAGACUUUGGGGUAUCUCGCCUUCUGAUGGGUUCAUGCGACCUGGCAACUACGUUUACUGGAACGCCCUAUUAUAUGAGUCCGGAGAUACUCAGCCACCAGGGAUAUGAUUCCAAGUCUGAUAUAUGGUCGUUGGGGUGCAUUUUGUAUGAGCUGUGCUGCUUGCAACAUGCUUUCACUGGUCAUAACUUCAUGUCAAUUGUUUUGAAGAUUGUGGAAGGUGAGACUCCCUCACUGCCAGAUCACUUCUCCAGAAAUCUCAAUGCAAUCCUGACAAGCAUGUUGCAAAAGAGUCCAUCACAUCGACCAGCCGCUGCAGAAAUACUGAAAAUUCCAUAUAUCGACCAGCAGCUCCAGAAUAUAAGAUGCAAGUUCUCAAACAUAAGCAUGAAAGACAAGACAAUAAGCUCCCAGAAAGAAGCUCUGCAAAUAAAGAAAGCUUUUCAGAAGAAAGUUCACCUGCAGACACUACGUGAACAGUCUGAAGUUCAGAAAAUGACCCCACGGGAGAGGAUGAGACUCCGAAAAUUACAGAGCGCAGAUGAAAAAGCUAAGAAGUUGAAGCAACUGGCUGAGGAGAAAUACCAGGAAAACCAUCACCGCAUGCAGCAACUGAGGAAUCGCAAUUUUCAGCAAGUCAGCGUGGAUGUUCUGCAUGAAUCUCACGAGUACAAUGCACCACAAGCCAACCAGACACAGCCAGUGUCAACUUGUGAUGUCCAAUUGUCAGAACAAGGAGAGCUCAAAGGAAACAGAAUUUCAGAUCGACUGUGUAUGUCCGAGCCACCUGACCAUGCAAUCCCUGAAGAUCCAGAUGUAGCUGAAGAGUUUUAUCAUGAAGAUGGUUUUGAAUCUUGUUCUGAUGAGAACCUAGAGAUGGAGGAAUUUAAUGAAGAAAAUGAAUGCACUACUGUCAAAAGUCAUGAACAGGACACUGAUAUUGAAGCCCUGGUAAGGUGCAUGGAGGAUGUCCUGGACAGUAGAACAUUAGAUGGUGGCACCGUGAUUUCAGCUGUGUACCAGGGACCGACAGCUAUCAACUGCACCAUGGCACAGGCCAAGAUGCACCGUAUGAGGGAAAGGUCAGUCCGGUUCCGAAGAAGACGAGAUGGCUGGAAGACUUCCAACAAACGCCUCAGCCUCCUUCACUGAUUUAAAUCACUUAUAAUCUCCAGUAGUAAGGGUAAUUCGAAGAUCGGCUGGAUUUCGGAGAGAAGGUCUGAAUCUAUGCUCAAAAAGCACUUUCAUUACACCUUUAAACUCAGCACGCAUCUUCAGAACCUAGGAGGCAUAAUCCUCCACAAAAUGAAUGACCGUAUUUUGAAAAGCAAAAGUACCUCUCCGGCGUGCCUCCAUAAUCAAAGGGUUAUCAAUUUCAAGACUGUGUAUUAUCAUACUUCAGUACAAGUGUAAAAGAAGAACAAAUUGUUACUCUGGAUCUGAUGUGGCAUGUUUUAAAAAAAUCACACAAUAAGCAUAAAGAACUUAAAAUAAAACCUCAAAAAACAAAAAUGUAUAUCUGUCUCCAUCCUCUCUUUAUUUUCGCUUUGGAACAGAAAUAAUUUUUCAUAAGUUAGAUUUGAAGAAAGCUUCCAUCCCAGGUGAUUUUGAGAAGGUGUUUUACUCGCUGUAUAGCUUCGUACAAAUGCACUGCGAGGGCAGUAGGGUAUAAAGAUAACUCUCCUUCAAAGAUAUCGCCCAUGGACUGUAGACAUGUCAGAAUGCUGUAGGUCAUAAUGUCAGCUUCCAACUCGAGCAAUGUUGAUCACCAAGACCUGGAAGUCAGUCAGAGUGAGGUGCAACUAUCACGUCUUCGCGAUGCUCGAACAAUUAGCAUAGCUUCAGCAUAAGCCCACUCUAGAGCUGAAGGGGCAAAAUAAGAAAGGCUUAUGCUAAGCAUGAAGUUGGGGAUGCAAAUGGAGAUAGCUCAAAUAGAAUUGGAGAAAGCAUAUAUAGACAUGGAGAGAGCACAUGUGAUGAAUAUGUCCAAGCUCAUUUUGACAAUAAAAAAGACAGUAGUCCAGCUCGACAAAGGAAAGCUGUCCACACCAAGCAGCCAACAUGCUUUCACAUUGUCCAGAUAUUGACAGUCAAGGUCUGCAGCAACAAAGACACUCAACACUACCUUCAGCAGUUUCAUCACAGCAAAAAUCUCAGUCAAGAGUUGCUACCGAUGCCAAUUCUAUCUUCACGGAUAUGGACAAAUGCACACCCUUACAGACCUACUUCCAUACAUCUCAGGACCUAUAUUUGGCAAACUAGUCUCCACAAUGCUCUCAUUCAGGAGCUGCAGCUGCAUUAGAUUUGGCUUGGUAAGACCUAGUCACAACAGGACGAAAAGUAUUUGAAAACCAGUCUGCCAGAUUUCUGUCCUGGAAGUCAAGCUUUUGCAAUGACUUAAGUUUCAAACCUAGUGAAGAGCUGGCCUUUCUCUGUGAGUGGCUUGGUGGGGAAGGACUGCAACAGGCAAAAAGGAUUAGAGCAGUUCAUAUUAAUAAUCCAGCUAAUUGUUUACAAAUGGUGUAGCAGAGGCUGGACAAAUGCCUUGGCCCUCCAGAGGCAAUUGAAGAAUAUCUCUUUAGUGGAGUUGAUAAUUUUCCAAAGUUCUCACAUAAAGAACCAUGGAGCUUGCUCAAGGACAAAACACGCCGCUUCGGCUGGGGCUCGAACUCUUGACCUUCAGAUCACUAGUCCAAUGCCUUAACCACUUGGCCAAGUGCCACACCAUAACAGAAGGGGUUCGAGUAUAAAACAUAAUAACAUGCCCCCGUUCACCAGUUUCAUUUCUUGUAGAAUUCAUCUCCCACCAUGCAGAACUGUAAAAUGAACCCCAGUUUUAUGCUUUCAGCUUCUAGUAAUAUGUCAUUCAAAGAGAGGCCUCCAGCAAAAGCAUAGAAAACCAAAACCUCUAUUAAAGUCAACAAAACUAAAGUAGAAAACUAUACCAUGAACCCUGAUAGCUAACACUCUCUACAAAAGAAACCUUGCCCUUAAGGAAAUGCAGAGGAUUCAGAGUAAAACCACUUCUGAAGAUGCUUUCUAAAGGAGUAAUCAAUGUUUCAAACGUAGUGCUUCAGCAGUAUGCCAAGCAUAAGACUGUAAUGCUGUCAAGCGUUGCAUAGAGUGCAGCAGUGAUUAGCAUUUAAUCAGGACUUCAGUCAAGACCAGUGUCUUGGUCUAUCAUUGAGUCCAGCCCACCCACAGCAGAGCACGGUUGGAAGCCAGUCAAAUACCCAGCAGAUGUAGCUACUUCCUCAUGCAUAGAGAUAAAUGGAAAAGGCUUCCAAGCAAAUCUUGCUGUAAAAUGUGCCUGGCCAACAUCCACACGAAAGGACAUCCUGAACAAAAUAAUAAAGGCAUACGUGAUAUUAAAUGAUCUGAGCAAUGUGUCUUUGGCAAAAUCAACAUUCUUUGACUUAAUCCGUUUUCAAACUUCUGUUUCCCGAUACACUGUAGAGGUGUAUUUUGGAACAUCAUAAGUUGUAGAAGAAAAGACAAGUGGAUAUGUGGUUAGCCCAUAGGAGGGGCGAGGUCUGCUUACCCUUGCCAACCUUCAUUGAGUUUGACCAUAUUCCCGACAACAGGGAGGAAAUCUCUACUUCUAAAGCUGUACGCAGUCAUUUCACAUUUUAAGGCAAGACUUCCUCACUUGCCUUUACUGAUGUUGCUUGGCUGAGAUGCCACCUGUGCACAUAAGAUAAACAAACAGCGCAAAGGGUAGCACAAUGCGCCUCGUGUAGACCUGGGUCGGGUCAAAGUGGGUGAAGUCUCCAUUAAUGGGGCUCAUCAGCCUAAUGUCAGCACAUUUAAGAUAAUAUCCUGGAGGAGGGGGCAUCCAAGUCAUUUUGGACCCCGUGAGAGUAGAAUAUGUAUGAAAGAGAAGAUUGUAGGUAAGCAAACCAAGCACAUUGAUGUGCUGCCCUCUGCUCAACCAGAUUUAGGCAAGCUGGUGUUCUGUCACUUGGAAGAUAAUUAUAAGCUGGUACCUUCCAUUGAAGAUGAGGUCUUCCUUCGAAUUAUGAACAAAGUUUAGCAAAUACGAGUCCAAGAGUUAGGUAGCUCCCCUUCAUUUUUGCUUGUCAUGACAUCUCCUCCCAAACAACAGAGAGCAGGCCUUUGGUCAACACACUGAGAAGGAAACCAGAAACAAAAGAUCAUUAUGUGGAGUUCAUGGAGAGACUCUUCAAAAACAAUCAUACUAACUUAAUGGCUCCAUCAGAUCCCAACAAAGAAAACUAGUAAUUGCCCAACACCCAGAAACCUACACAAAUAUGAAUUGUCUUUGAUUCAAAUGUGCAACUCAAAGACAUAUUUCUGAAGAAUGUGCUCUUGCAGGGUGCAGACCUUAAUAGCAGUCUGCUCAGGAUCCUCGUGCGCUUCUGAAUUGAGUCAAACAUAGUGACAUCAGGCGUGAAACAAAUGUUCCACAGCUUCCUGGUGAAAGAGCAUCAACAAGACUACCUCAGAUUCUUGUGGCAUCAUGACCACUGACUGGACAGCGAGAUUCCGGAAAACGACAUGAGAGUUCACGUCUCUCACCAACUGUGACAAUC